UGGGUUGAAGCUUGGGAUCCCACGGGUUGUUCCUCCUCCCACAGUCACUGCUGCUGCUUCUUCAGCCUUGCCGCAUGCGUCAUGCAGCCCCCUCGCCUCCUCGUCUUCCUCUUUCUCCCGAUCCUCCUCCCUGGGAUGUGGGCAGACCCAGAGGCAGAGCCACAGGUUAUCCAGUACCUCCUGACUGGCCUCUUUGCCAACAUCAGCUCUGCUGAGGUGUCAUGCUUGGGACUCGUAGGGGACAUACCCAUCUUUACACUGGAUCCUGCCAACUGGAGCAUCCACUUCCACUGGCCCUGGGCCAGUCAGGCUGCAGCUGAGGGUGAUGGGGAAAAGAUAUUUUCCCAGUACAAAAUUGCUCUGCGCAAUAUGAUCCGAUUUGUGCACGACAUAGUUCAGCAGACAAAAGAGCACUACCCAUUGGUGGUCCAGUUCCGUGCAGGCUGUGUGCUGUACCCCAAUACGACAAGCUGGGGUUUCCUGAAUGUCAGCUGGGAUGGCAGAGACCUCAUAGUUUUUGAGGUAGAUAAACAGCGCUGGGAGAUCCAGCAGCCAUCCCAGGUGGCAGAGGUGGUCAGCAAGAGCCUGAACAGGCAGAAAUCCGUCACAGUGCUCCUAGAGUACCUUCUCUCYACCUGGAUAUGCCACAGCAAUUUCCGUGCCCUGGAGAAGUAUGGGAGGGCAACUCUGGAGAGACAAGAGCUGCCUGURGCCACAGUCUUYGCCCRYACCCCCAGCCUAGACCAGCUGCUGCUUGUUUGCCACGUCACCGGCUUCUACCCUCGUCCCAUCAGCGUGGCCUGGCUGCGGGAUGGCUGUGAGGUGCCUCCGAGCCCAGUGCUCAACACCAGCWCCACCCUGCCCAAUGCUGACCUCACCUAUCAGCUCCGCAGCAUCCUGGCCGUGACCCCCCGUGAUGGGCACAGCUAUGUCUGCCGUGUGCGCCACCGCAGCCUGGGCACCCAAAGCCUUCUCAUCCCACGGGGCAGGUGGCACCCACAAUGGGAACAGGGGCCCAUCCAUUUGUCCGGAGGAGGAUCAGUUCAGCUCUAAUGGCAGGUCCAGCAAUGGACUCCUAUGCACCCACAAUCCCUCUCUCUCCUUUCUCCUCAAGGCAAAUCCAUGAUAGCUCUCAGCAUCAACAUCACCAUAAUGGUGCUGCAUCACUGUACUUGGUGCUACACGUGCAGGUGAGGUCACCUCCUCCAAGAUGCACCAGGCCCAUUGGCUCAAAGCCAUGGCACGUGGGAGCUGCCUAACCAGAGCCUCCUGUCCUUGUCCAGCCUCACUCACCUCCUCCUGCAGAAGCUAAGAGCUGAGAGGAUGGGACACAAYAGGGAUGCUCUGGAGCCACAUUCUCUGGGUCAGGGAUGGUGGAUGCAGCCCAUGCCAGGCAGCAUAUCCAUCUGCACCAGGAGUACAAAAGACGGCUUGAGUCACGCGCCGUCACAAGCCUGGGCUUGACCCCAGGUGAAUCUAUGGGCAAGCGGCUUCCUGCUACCUGCCCAACCAGGCACCUGCCUUUGCAUGCCUCCUCACCCCUCUUCCUACUGUGCCCUUCCGUCAUUCCUGUCCCUUUCCCCAACCCCUAUCCCUCUCUUUCCCCACCCACCCCCAGCCGUAGCCCUGGCCCCUUCCUCAUCUCAAACUGCUUGGUUCCGCUUCCCCUUCCGCAGCCCCUCCUCUGUCCCUGUGGAUCCCGUGCCCCACUCCCAGGCAUAGGAGCCAGCAGGAUUCCCUGCCUCACCACGCCUGAGAGAGCUGCUGUGGUGGUUUUGCUUGGUCCAGCUUUUUAGUGGUGGGGAAUGGGACCAGAAAACCAUAAAAAUGGCUCUGUGAGAAAGUUCUGGAAGGUUCCUCCAUCAUGUCCAGCAAAGGACCUCUGCCCCUCUGUGUUUUAGGGCCAAUCUCUGAUGGCUCUGAGGAUGAUGGACAGGUUGCUGGCCAAUUAGAGAUAUUGGUUACACCUCUAUGAUGGUCUCAUAUUUAAGAAGAAUUCAAAACAAGUUAGUUUGCAGCAGCUGCCAUUAACCCUUAGUUAGAGGUGGGGGUGAGGCAAGGAGAUGUAAAAAGAAAUGGAGACUUGAAGGUCAGUGGAGAAGGCGGGGCAGAAGGUGAUUUGAAAGCCAUGGUGCUGACCACACUAUGGAGGAGCAGGCUGUUCCCAAGGUGACUGUUCAGUGGGAGACAUGCAGAGAGAAAG